AUGCCAAAAAUCGUUGAUACGAAAGAGCCUGAGCUUAAAAUCCUCGUGACAGGAGCUGCGGGAUUUUUAGGGUCAAAUUUGGUCGAUUUUCUCCUUGAAAAAGGCCAUAAUGUGAUCGGAGUUGACAAUUUCCAAAGUGGCUCGUCGCAAAACCUAGACCACCUCAAGAACGAUGCCCGUUUCGAGUUUCUCAGUCACAAUAUCCAAGAUGCCCUUCCCGACUUAGUAGGGGUCCACCAGAUCUACAACCUAGCCUGUCCAGCAAGCCCAGUUCAUUAUCAGAAAGAUCCAGUUUCAACCUUAAACACGUGCUUCCUUGGAACCCAAAACUUGCUUGAGCUCGCGAGAUCAAAACGUAUCCGCAUUCUUCACACAAGCACAUCAGAGGUUUAUGGAGACCCCUCCAUUCAUCCCCAACCUGAACACUACUGGGGCAAUGUGAAUUCAUUUGGGCCAAGAGCUUGCUAUGACGAAGGUAAGCGAGCCGCCGAAGCCCUCUGCUACGCCUACAGAGAGCAACACGGUGUCGACAUUCGUAUCGCUCGCAUCUUCAACACGUACGGGCCUCGUAUGCGUCCGAGCGAUGGUCGAGUCGUGUCGAGCUUCAUCGCAUCUGCACUUGCUAGUGAAGAUUUGAAAAUCACCGGCGAUGGAAAAUCAACUCGCUCGUUUCAAUAUGUCACCGAUUGUACGCAAGGUCUCUACAGUCUUAUGGGCAGCGAUCACAGCCAGGGCCCAGUCAAUAUUGGUAACCCCGGGGAGUUCACUAUUCAACAAUUGGCUGAACUUACUAUUGAUGUUGUCUCGCAUAUGUCCGGUCAUCCCAAGGUUUCAAUUACGUAUCUUCCACCGCUUGUCGAUGAUCCGGUUGUUCGUAGACCGGAUAUCACACUAGCGAGAAAGGUGCUAGGUUGGGAGCCAGUUGUUCCGCUGCAGGACGGAUUGCGGAGAACGAUCGAGUGGCACAUUGAUCAGAGUAGGUCUCAUUGA